AUGAGUGAAAUACCAAAAACGUUAACUAUUCCAAGUCACUUACGGCUUGAUUCAUUAUCAUUAACAAACUUUCCUACUGGUUUUACCCCUCGUAGUGAAGUAAAAUCCUCAAUAAAAGAUAAUUAUACUUUAUUAAAUGGAAUUGAAAGGGGGAUUCUAGAGCAAUUACCUGUUGGUAGGUCAUUCAGAACUUCUAUUCGUGUUAAUCGUGAUGUCCCUACUUUACUUAGCACUAGAUCAAAUCCCAAUAAUUCAAUAUUCAAUAUAUCUGAAAAUAUACCAAAGAAGCCUAUAAAUUCAAAAGUAACAAAACCUAAAGCUUUUGAAUUUGCUACAAUUGGAAGGGCAGAAUAUAGAUCACGACAGUCAAGUAAACCACUUAGUUCAUUAAAUUUGAAUUUACACAAAAUUAAUCAAUAUAAUAUACCUAAUGGACCAUUAUCAGUACGAUCUGCUACAUCUGUUGGAGCUGAAUCUCGUUGUAGUAAUAGAUCAUCUAAAACAACAGUUCCUAAACCAUUUAAUUUUUCUACUGAUGCUAGAGCUAUUAACCGAUCAAAAUGUAUACUAGAAAAGUUGAAUAAGUUUGGGGGUAAAUUAUCGAAUAAAAGAGAUGAUACUUUCAAUGUAGCAGUAUUAUCUAAAAAUGAAGAAUAUAAUGAAGAUAAACGUUUAAAUAAUAUUGUUGAAUCAAUGAAAAAGUAUGUAGGAAAUAUUGAUAAUAAUUCACCUAUAUAUAAUGAUGGAUAUAAAUCUAUUUUAAAAGCAAGUUCUCAAAUUAAAGAGGUUACUAAACCUAUAUCACCUAAAUUUGCAACAAAAGCUCGUUUCGAGAAAAAGAAAGCUCAACCUGUAGUUGAGAGAGAUUGUAUGAAUAAUGGUGUACUUUAUCAGAAAUUAUGUAAAGACGUGCAUCCUAAUAUAAUGCAACCAAGAAUUCAGGGAACUAAGAUGAAUCCGAUGACUUUAUCUAAAUAUGAUGUAAAAUUAGGAGAAAAACAUAUUAACAGGAACUUUCCAGGAAAUAAAUGUUUGAAUAUAAAUAAAAAAAAGAAUAGUAAUAUCUCAAAUAUAGAAUUAGAUUCUAUGAGAAAUAUAUACAUUACACCGAAAGAGAAUUUAAGGAUUAAUUGUGAUGAAAAUAAUGAAUUAAAUUUAAGAGAAAUUGAAUAUUCUAAUGAAGAUUCUGAAACAAUAAAAUCAUCACUACCCCCAUUAUGUGGUUUUUUAUCAAUGAGUAGUUUGGCAAGCAAUGGUAGAUUAUCUUCAGAUGAAAAGCUUUCUAAUAAAAAUGAGAAGUGGGAAGUAAAUUAUAUACAAAAUAAACAAUUAGUUGAGGACUUUUCUGCAUUUCCAGGUAUAAAUAAUGACAAUGGAGAUACUAUAAUUAAUCAGGAUUCUGAAGACUUAUAUAAUAAUAAUAAUCACAGUAUUCAUACAAUAAAUGCUCGUGAUAAGAAUAUUCCCAUUAAUUGGAAAUUUCAGGCGACUAUUGCGAGGAAACAAUUAGAGGAGUUAAUUAGUCCAGAUAGUGACUCACAAAUAUUAGAUGAAGAGAUACCAUGUAUAACUGAUAUAAUCAAAGCGCAAAGUGUAAAUCUUGGUUUUGAUGCUAAUGAAGAAAUUAGAACCCCUAUUGUUCGUAAAUUUUAA